UUGACUUUCAUCCAUCACACUUAAACAUACCCAAAAAACUAAAUUAUUCGUGUUUUAACCUUCGUUUUGCGGACGUUCGCGUUCCAAUCUGGCUCAAAAUAAUGAAAUGGGUGAAUCCAAUAUCAUCGUGGGCUCCCAAAUCGAUGCGCCCGAAGAGCCGGACAGGCCUGGCAGAAGUAUGAGCGUCCAGGCCAUGCAGAACCUGUUCGAAUUGAAGGAGAGCAACCAGCUGUGUGACGCUAAGCUUAUACUGGAUGACGGAUCUGAAGUUCCGGUCCACAGCGCCAUUCUCUGCUCUUGCAGUCUUUAUUUCAGGGCAUUGUUCACGACCCCGCUCUACAAUCGUGACAGGCAUCGCGUCCACCUGCCGGGCAUUAGUCCGGAUAUGCUGCACACACUGCUGAUGUACAUCUAUCUGCGAAAGCUGGAGAUAACCGACCAGAACGUGCACAAGCUGCUGAUCACCGCCGAUUAUCUAAGCAUACUGGGUGUGCUGGACAUGUGCUGCAAAUUUUUAGAGAAGACGCUGACGCCCAAGAACUGCAUUGGAGUGCUGACGUUCGCCAGGGAUCACUUCUGCCAGGAAUUGGCCACCGCCACUUGGAAGUACAUCAUGAAGAAUUUUCCUGCUGUCGCCACCUCCAGCGAUGAGCUCCUCACAUUGAAACUCAAGGAAAUACAAGAGAUAAUAAAUGGUGACAAUUUAAAUGUGAAGAGUGAGGAGACGGUGUGGGAGGUGAUCCUGCGAUGGAUAAACCACGAUCCGGAGGACAGGAAAAAGCACGUGGUCGAACUAAUGAAGUGCAUACGCCUGGGCCUCUUGGACACGCAGUUUUUUCUCGAACGAGUCAAAGACCAUCCGUACGUCUCUACCUGCGAGGAGAGCCGACCGAUGAUCAUCGAAACUCUCAAGUUCCUCUACGACUUGGAGAUGAUCACGCACAGGGACGGGGAAGUGGUGACGCCGGAGAUAGCCAGGCCACGAAUACCACACGAAGUAAUGUUUGCCAUUGGAGGUUGGAGUGGCGGUUCACCUACCAAUUUUAUAGAGACCUACGACACCAGGGCCGAUCGAUGGGUGAAAGUCGAGGAGGUGGACCCUACAGGACCUCGGGCUUAUCAUGGCACAGCUGUGGUCGGCUUCAAAAUCUACGUCAUAGGGGGCUUCGACGGGAUGGACUAUUUCAACUCGUGCAGGUGCUUUAAUGCGGUCGACAAGUCGUGGAAGGAAGUGGCGCCGAUGCACGCGCGAAGAUGUUACGUGAGUACCGCGGUACUGAACGAGGUGAUCUACGCGAUGGGCGGCUACGACGGCCACCACAGACAGAACACGGCCGAGAAGUACGACCACAGCACGAACCAAUGGACGCUGAUCGCGCCCAUGAACAUGCAAAGGUCCGACGCCAGUGCUUGUACAUUAAACGGAAAGAUUUAUAUAACCGGAGGGUUUAAUGGACAGGAAUGUAUGCAUUCUGCCGAGGUGUACGAUCCGGAGACGAACCAGUGGUCGUUGAUCAACCCGAUGAGGUCGAGAAGAUCGGGGGUGUCUUGUAUCGCUUACCACGGACACGUUUACGUAAUCGGGGGGUUCAAUGGAAUUUCGAGGAUGUGCAGCGGCGAAAAGUUCAAUCCUGCCAACAACACCUGGUCACCAAUCCCUGACAUGUAUAAUCCCAGAAGUAACUUCGCAAUUGAGGUCAUCGAUGACAUGAUCUUCGCGAUCGGAGGUUUCAACGGUGUCACAACAAUCUACCACGUGGAAUGUUACGACGACAAGACGAACGAAUGGUACGAAGCGACGGACAUGAACAUAUACAGAUCGGCAUUGUCGGCGUGCGUAAUCGACGGUCUGCCCAACGUCAAGGACUACAUCCACAAGCACAGAGACCGGCUGAUGGAGGAGAAGCGACAGAAGAUGAUCGCAUUGGAGAACCAGAGGAACAUGGCGGGGAUGGCCCAAAACCAAUCGAUAAUCUCGUUCCAGGUGAACCAUCAGGACAACGUUGCUGCGGCAGUCAAUGCCAACAUGCAACAGCUCAACUUGUUGCAGCAACUUAAUGCCAAUCUGAACCCCGCCCUGCCCGCCGCUCCAGCGCAGGCGCAACCAGUACCUCCGCCGCCCCAGCCGGCGCCCAUGGACGUCGAGGAGAAUGAAGACGAAGCCAUUAUGUGAUCGACAUAAAGUGCGUCCUGGCUCGGCAGUUUUUGCGAUGCCGGGACACAUUUAUAUGGGACUUGUGCACAGUGAUGUGAUUGAUGACUGAUGAAAAAUGAAUUUUAAUCCAUACAAUAGCAUAUUUUAAGAAUUUUAGACAUACACUUUUUUACAAUAUUACACUUUUAUUGGCAAUAUAUGUUAUUUAUGAUGAUUUUCACUGGUUGCUAAUAAACAAGCCCUUUUAA